CAAUUUUUACCUUUAAUUAUGCCUUACAUCAAAUGAUAUUUUUUGAUUUUUAAAAGGAGUUGCAUUUGGUCGAUAAAAUAAAAAAAAAAUUAAACAUAAAGUUAGAAAAACCUUUCCACCUAAGCAUAUUCUUUCUAAGAUAUUCUUCUAACAAUAUUCUAACAAAUGUGUACACACACACACAAAUACACAUAAUCAUACAUAUUGCAGACACAUUGGUUAUCAUUUGAAUUUACUCGUGUCAUCGCCGUCAUUGUCAAGUAUGUUACUUAACAUAUAACUUUCUAUUCCCAAGAUACAGCGCCCAUUUAUGUUCAAAUAUUAAAGUAGAUGGAUGUGUAUAUAUCUCUACCUGGAUAUGGAGAAAGCCACAGGGUCUGGUGGCAGCAACAUGGAACCAUCAGCACCUAUGCAAGCGUCAUUACCAACAGGUCCACCUUCUUACGAAGAAGCUAUUGCUUAUGGUGGAGGUUUACCUAAUCCACCAUACCCCGUAGGAGUAUCGCCGAUGCCAGUACCGCCAACGUAUAACCAGCCACCGAAACAGACUACAAUGCCAAUGCCCUCGAAUUAUGUCGUGCCGAAUGACCACAGUGCAUCGCAACCGUUUAAUACGGAUCAGAACUUUGCACCUCCGCCGGAAGUGCGGAUCAUUCACCAACACGUAACCUUCGCCCUAGGUCCACACGCGAUCAAAAUGACUUGUCCGACAUGCCACGCUGACAUUAAGACCACUACGAUAUCGGAUCAUCAACCGAGUGCUCACAUCUGUUGUAUCGUACUCUGCUUAUUGGGAUGUUGUCUAUGCUCUUGUUUGCCAUACUGCAUGAGCGCCUUCAUGAGCGUCCAUCACUUUUGUCCUAAUUGCAAAAAUUAUAUUGGUACAUGGAAAGGUUGAUUGCUACUAUAAAAAGUGCGUUUAGGUGACACGCACUUUCUCUCAGCCUUCCAUGUAAUUAGGUAUUAUGUUAUUUCAUGAAAACAGAAGAAAACCAAAAAAAAAGAAAAGAAAAAAAAA